AUGACGGCGGCGAGUCGGCGGUGGCGAGUUGUCCCCGCGGCGAGAUGGCGACGGCGAGAUGACGGUGGCGAGUCGACGGCGGCGAGUUGUCCGACCCCGUGUUGCGGUCGAGCUAGACAAUUUAAAAUUAUAUUCAGCGUAGGUGUUUCUGUCUAUUCCAGAUCCAUUCUUGUAGAUGGAGUUAGCGAAACGUUCCUCUACGAAUCAGUUCGUGAAAAACUAAGCGAUCCAGAACGAGAAGUGCGGCAACACGCUCUACGAGUUCUUAUGGAUCUGAUCCCGGUGACACAACCUUCCAAAAUUGAUAUUCAAAUGCAUAGUCUUCUUCCAGAAAUACUCAAAAUUUUGGGACAUUCUUCGCCCUCUUUGAGGAAAGGCGCUUUGGACUCUUUGAAGAAAUAUCUGAAGUUUAGUAACAACAAUAACAAAUUAAUGAAGGACUUGCUUGCGUUCUCGGAACAAUUUACAAUUGUCGCUCCAUUUUUAGUUGGAGUGGAGACCGAUGAUAAAACCGUAAAAUUAGUUGUGGAUCAAUUGUGGAAAGAUUUAGACAAUCCUAACGUGAGCCAAGAAGAUACUGCUAAAGCAUUAGCAAGAUUAAGGUAA